CGGGGCGCUGGGAACGGUGGCCGUUGCGGGGCGCAGGGGAGGCCAGGAUGGCGACGCCGGGCAGGAAGACGCCGACCCCGGCCCCGGCCGCGGCCCCGACCCCGGCGGCGCUCAAGAGGGCACUCCCGGCAGAUCCUUCUUCUGAGGUCCCGAGCAAGAGAAGGAAUUCAGGCCCUCUGCAGUCGCGGCUUCAGUCGUCCGGGCCUUUCGUGGAGGGCGCCAUCGUGCGCAUCGUCAUGGAGAACUUCCUAACGUAUGAUAUCUGUGAAGUAUCUCCUGGACCCCACUUGAAUAUGAUUAUUGGAGCUAAUGGAACAGGGAAGUCAAGCAUCGUGUGUGCCAUUUGUCUUGGAUUAGCAGGCAAACCUGCUUUUAUGGGACGGGCAGAUAAGGUUGGGUUUUUUGUGAAGAGAGGAUGUUCGAAAGGCAUGGUUGAAAUUGAAUUGUUCAGGACUUCUGGAAAUCUUGUUAUCACCCGUGAGAUUGAUGUGGCAAAAAAUCAGUCCUUUUGGUUCAUCAACAAAAAGUCUACAACCCAGAAAGUAGUCGAAGAGCAAGUUGCAGCCUUAAAUAUUCAAGUGGGCAAUCUUUGCCAGUUUCUACCUCAGGACAAAGUUGGGGAAUUUGCAAAACUCAGCAAGAUUGAACUUCUUGAAGCUACUGAGAAGUCAAUUGGUCCUCCGGAAAUGCACAGGUAUCACUGUGAACUCAAAAACUUCAGGGAGAAAGAAAAACAACUAGAGGAAUAUGAAAAUGUUCGUCAGGAAUAUGAAGAAGUAAAACGAGCUCGUGAUCGAGUGAAGGACGAGGUCAAAAAACUUAAAGAAGGGCAGAUCCCUAUUACACGUAGAAUUAAGGAAAUUGAAAGGCAGCGCUAUGAUUUGGAGGCUCAGAUCAAAGAAAAGGCAACAGAUAUCACGGAGACAUCUCAAAGAUGCAAACAAAAGCAAGAUGUUAUAGAAAGGAAAGAUAAACAUAUUGAGGAACUUCAGCAAGCUUUAACAGUAAAACAAAAUGAAGAACAUGACCGACAGAAGAGAAUAAGUAAUACUCGCAAAAUGAUAGAGGAUUUGCAAAAUGAACUAAGGACUGCAGAAAACUGUGAGAAUCUUCAGCCUCAGAUUGAUGCCAUUACAAAUGACCUGAGACGAGUUCAAGAUGAAAAGGCAUUAUGUGAAGGCGAGAUAAUUGAUAAACGGAGGGAGAGGGAGACUCUGGAGAAAGAGAAAAAGAGUGUGGGUGAGCAUAUUGUACGUUUUGACAAUCUUAUGAAUCAGAAAGAAGAUAAGCUGAGACAGAGGUACCGGGAUACAUAUGAAGCUGUUUUAUGGCUGAGAAGUAACAGAGACAAAUUUAAGCAAAGAGUUUGUGAGCCCAUAAUGCUUAUGAUCAACAUGAAAGAUAAUAAAAAUGCCAAAUAUAUUGAAAAUCAUAUUUCGUCAAAUGAUUUGAGAGCUUUUGUGUUUGAAAGUCAAGAAGAUAUGGAGAUUUUCCUCAGAGAGGUUCGUGACAACAAAAAACUAAGAGUUAAUGCUGUUAUUGCUCCCAAGAUUUCAUAUGCAGAGAAACCACCUUCAAGAUCUCUAAAUGAAUUAAGACAGUAUGGAUUUUUCUCUUAUUUGCGAGAGUUAUUUGAUGCACCUGAGCCCAUCAUGAGUUACCUUUGCUUCCAGUAUCACAUUCAUGAAGUUCCUGUAGGAACUGAGAAGACCCGAGAAAGAAUUGAGCGGGUGAUACAAGAAACCCAAUUAAAACAAGUUUAUACAGCAGAUGAAAAAUAUGUGGUAAAAACUUCUGUUUAUUCAAACAAAGUUAUUUCUAGUAACACAUCGCUCAAAGUAGCCCAGUUUCUCACAGUCACUGUGGAUCUAGAACAAAGACGACAGUUAGAAGAGCAGCUAAAGGAAAUUAAUAGAAAAUUGGAAGCAGUGGAUUCAGGAUUGAUUGCCCUACGUGACACAAACAGACAUCUAGAACACACAGACAAUGAACUUAGACAAAAGAAGAAGGAGCUUCUUGAAAGAAAAACCAAGAAAAGACAACUGGAACAAAAAAUCUGUUCCAAAGUGGGAAGUUUAAAGCUAAUGGAACAAGAUACUUGCAACCUUGAAGAGGAAGAGCGAAAAGCAAAUAAUAAAAUCAGAGAAAUAAAUGUUCAAAAAGCAAAACUUGUUACUGAAUUAACAAACCUAGUAAAGAUUUGUACUUCUUUGCAUAUACAAAAAGUAGAUUUAAUUCUUCAAAAUACUACAGUGAUCUCUGAGAAGAACAAAUUAGAAUCUGACUAUAUGGCUGCAUCUUCACAGCUGCGUAUCAUAGAGCAACAUUUCAUUGAGUUGGAUGACAAUAGACAACAGUUAUUGCAGAAAUGCAAGGAACUUAUGAAGAGAGCGAGGCAAGUAUGUAACCUGGGUGCACAGCAGACCAUUCCUCAAGAAUACCAGACACAAGUACCCACCAUUCCAAAUGGACACAACUCCUCACCCCCCAUGGCUUUUCAAGAUCUUCCAAACACAUUGGAUGAAAUUGAUGCUUUAUUAACUGAAGAAAGAUCAAGAGCAUCGUGCUUCACGGGACUGAAUCCUACAGUGGUUCAGGAAUACACAAAAAGAGAAGAAGAAAUACUGCAGUUAACCGAGGAACUAAAGGGAAAGAAAGUUGAACUAGACAGAUAUAGGGAAAAUAUUUCACAGGUAAAAGAACGGUGGCUAAAUCCCUUAAAAGAGCUAGUAGAAAAAAUUAAUGAAAAAUUCAGCAAUUUUUUUAGUUCUAUGCAGUGUGCUGGUGAAGUUGAUCUCCAUACAGAAAAUGAGGAAGACUAUGAUAAAUACGGAAUUCGAAUUAGAGUCAAAUUUCGCAGUAGUACUCAGUUGCAUGAAUUGACUCCUCAUCAUCAAAGUGGCGGUGAAAGAAGUGUUUCUACCAUGCUAUACUUGAUGGCACUUCAGGAGCUUAAUAGGUGUCCAUUUAGAGUAGUUGAUGAAAUUAACCAGGGUAUGGACCCCAUCAAUGAACGAAGAGUAUUUGAAAUGGUUGUAAACACUGCCUGUAAAGAAAACACAUCUCAGUACUUCUUUAUUACACCAAAGCUCCUGCAAAAUCUUCCUUAUUCUGAAAAGAUGACAGUGUUGUUUAUCUACAAUGGUCCUCAUAUGCUGGAAUCAAAUAGGUGGAAUUUAAAGGCUUUCCAGAGGCGGCGCCGCCGUAUUACGUUUACUCAGCCUUCUCAGUAAAAGUAAACAGAAGAAACUUUCAGAGUUUUUGUUGUUAUUGUUGUUGUUAAAUUCUGUUAAUAACUAUGGUUUAAUUGAAUAAAAGUUAAGAGAUUUA